GUUUUAUUUAUAAUGUUAAGCGGCGAAUUUAAACUUAACAUCUGUUCACGGUCUCAGCUAACAUGACUAAAACGAGCAAUAACAUUGACAAGUACUUAAAUGCAUUUCACAACACUGAGUUCUGACCAAAACAAAUUUAGAAAUUAGAGGAAUAUAAACAAAACUACGAAAAUGACGGAGUACUGGAAAUCGAAUGAACGAAAAUACUGCGACUUCUGCAAAUGUUGGCUGAGCGACAACAAAGCGAGCAUUGCAUUCCACGAGAGUGGCAAGAAACACAAGCUGAAUGUGUCCAAGCGCAUCACAGAAAUCAGUCGCAACAGCGACAAGGCGGAACGCGAGAAACAGAAGAUGGACAACGAGAUCCGGAAAAUGGAGGCGGCCGCAAUGAAAUCGUAUGCCCAGGAUAUCCACGGCUAUCAUGGCGAUAUGACAGCCCGUUCCAUUAACACAGUACUCAGUGCCACAUCAACAGCUUCCACUGCUACAUCCACCAGUGGCGGUAGAUCCGGUGUACCUGGUAGACAACGACAAAUUGAUCCCAUGCGCUUGGUGGGCGAUUCCGACGAUGAGGAGGAGGAGCAAGGGGAUAACCGGCGAGUAAAUGUGACCAAAGUGCAAACGGAAACGGUGCCAGAUGCCUCGCUGUGGGUCGAGGGCAAAUCGGAUGAGGGACACACCUAUUACUGGAAUGUGAAGACUAACGAAUCCGUUUGGACUCCGCCCAAGGAGGGUUUCCUCUCCUAUGAGGAAUACGAGCGCAUCAAUCAAUUAGCUAUCAAUCAGCAGGAGCUUACGCAGGCAGAGGAGGCGUUGCGUUUUCGCGCCAAUGCGGAUGAGGAAGUGGCGCGAUUCAAUCGGGAGAAACACGCUCGCAUCUAUCGCAAGCCCGAAAAUGCCAAGGAGAAGAAGCUAAAGGAGGAGAAGAGGCAGGGAUUCAAGACCGAGGAGGAAGCGGCCACACAGGAGAUUGGACAAUGGCAGGUGGUGGAAACUAGACCUCCACCAGCUGCUAUUGAUUGGGAGUUGCCCAACACUGAUUAUUGUGCCACAGCUCCUGUUGUCACCUCUGUCUACGAAUCCGAACCACCUGUAAAACGCUUUAAGGAGAAAACAAUAACAGGCUUGAAUGAAGCAGCUGGCGGCAGCAGUGCGCCCGCCACAUUCAAGAAACGCAAAUUUGCAAACAAAGGCAAUGCGCGAAAGCCUCUAGAAGAGUAAUAGUUACAGUAUCUGAAUAUAAAUAAAUAUUGUACAACUUGUAGUUGAAAUUUAAA